AUGGCAACCACUCUACCCCCUUUCCUCACUGGACAGCUCGAUGUGCUCAUGAUAGACAACUUUGACUCCUUCACCUGGAAUCUUUACCAGCAACUAUGUCUGCUUGGUGCUCAGGUUACAGUCAUUAGGAACGACGCUCUCUCUCCUUCGUUAUUCCCGGAGCUCAAGAUUAAUUCACUCGUAAUAUCACCUGGACCCGGUCAUCCAAAGACAGACUCUGGAAUAUCCAAUGCAGCUAUCGAGUAUUUUCAAGGUAAAGUCCCUGUUCUAGGAGUAUGCAUGGGUCUCGAGUGUAUGGUAGACUUGCAUGGUGGUACGAUCGCAUAUGCAGGUGAAAUUAUGCACGGCAAAGUCAGUCGGAUACGACACGACGACCGAGGUUGCUUCAGGGGUGUUUCGCAGAGCAUUCAGUCUAUCCGGUACCACUCCCUUAGCGCGGCCCUUACAUCAUUACCCUCACACCUCGUGGUAACUGCAGCUUCCGAAGAGUCUGGUGUCAUUAUGGGCAUACGCCACCGUCAGUUCACUUUAGAAUCGGUCCAGUAUCAUCCCGAAAGUAUACUUAGUGAAGGAGGUGACGACCUUCUGCGGAACUUCCUUGCCCUCCGAGGUGGCUCUUGGGAGGAGAACCCGGAAGCUCGGGUCCUUGAUACCACACUCCCCCCUUUCCAUCUCGACCUUCCUGUCACCAACAAAGGCACUACUUCCAAAUCAAAAGUCCCUUCCAUACUCAAUAAGAUCUACACACAGCGGCUUGCCGAUGUUUCUGAGGCACAAAAGACUCCAGGAACUACGCUCGCCGAUUUGCAGACUCUCCUAUCUUUGAACAUUGCACCACCUCUAAUUCCUUUACUUCCCCGUCUAAAGCAGAACACGGAAGACCGGCCUUCUCUCCUCGCUGAAAUUAAACGCGCAUCGCCUUCCAAAGGACCCAUCUCCGUCGCUACUUCACCUGCCGCCCAGGCAUUGACUUACGCACUUGCUGGCGCGAACACCAUAUCUGUUCUUACAGAGCCCAAGUGGUUCUUAGGGUCUCUGCAGGACAUGCUUCACGCGCGUAUGAGCGUUGCCAAUCUGCCAAAUAGACCUGCAAUCCUACGGAAAGACUUUAUCCUUAGUCGGUAUCAAGUUCUCGAAUCGCGUAUCUGGGGUGCAGAUUCCAUCCUGCUUAUCGUAAGCAUGCUUUCCGAAACCCUCCUUCGCGAUUUAUACCAAUAUAGCUUGGAGCUUGGCAUGGAGCCUCUUGUCGAAGUAAACAACGCGAAGGAAAUGGAACUUGCGUUGUCUCUCCCCGCCAAAGUCAUUGGAGUGAACAAUCGGAAUCUGCAUGAUUUCCAGGUGGAUAUGACUACAACCAGCCGUCUUAGCGAGAUGGUUAAAGGGAAGGACGUGUUUCUGUGUGCAUUAAGCGGGAUAGUGAGCGCGGACGAUGUGAAGAAGUAUGCUUCGGAAGGAGUUAGUGCUGUGCUUGUUGGGGAAAGUUUGAUGCGAGCGAAGGAUCCUGCGGGUUACAUUCGUAAGCUUUUAUCGUUGCCUGAGCCUGAGCUCGCUCCAAGAGAGUGGCGCUCCGAAGCACCGUUGGUCAAGAUAUGUGGUGUUCGUAAUACGGAGGAGGCGUUGUUCAUUGCAGAGGCUGGUGCUGAUAUGCUGGGAUUGAUGUUCGUCAAAAAGUCGAGUCGUUACAUCGACUUUGACACUGGCAAAAGUAUCUCUGAGGCCAUCCAUACAUCAAAACCUACUCCUUCGCCUUCCAAUUCGCUCGACGACUCUUCUCUAAACGUACCCUGGUUCACAUCCCAAGUCAACCGGCUCUCUUCGAUAAUAUCCAGACCUCUCGUUGUCGGUGUGUUCCAAGACGCGUCUUUAUCUACCAUCCUCCAUGCUGUGUCAUACUGCAAUUUAGACAUGGUUCAAUUACACGGCUCAGAGCCAACCGAAUGGGCACGACACAUCCCUAUUCCUGUCAUUCGUGCGUUCCAUGUAGGGAAGGACUCAGGUAUAGACGGAAUUACUCGUGGGGGAAACCACCACUUUAUCCUUCUCGAUUCAAUGAGAGACGACGGGAGUGGUGUUAGCGGAGGUACAGGCAAAGUCGUCGACUGGAACCUCGCCAAACGCGUCAUCGACGCAGGCGAGAUUAUUCCGGACGGCGCUACCUACAACAUCGCUGCUGCUGAACUAGCCCCUGAAGUUGUACCUACAGAUCUCAACGGGCACACCACCGGGCACGCCAACGGGUAUGCAAACGGGCAUGCAAAACAUGGUACUCUAUCGUCUUCCCCAACUACACCUUCCAAAUACCCUCUUCCCGUUAUCCUUGCUGGAGGAUUGACACCGGCGAACAUCGCCGAGGCCGUAUCGCAAGUUCGCCCGUGGGCGGUUGAUGUUAGCGGUGGUGUGGAAAAUGCAGAAAAGACCGGAAAGGACAUGGAGAAAGUGAGAGCUUUCAUUCAAGGUGCGAAGGGCUUUUCGAGUCUGGGCGCCCAGGAGGAGAAAAUACCUCAGCAUGUGGAUGUGGAGGUUUGA